GGGCUAAGGCCGAUUUAGGGCUAUGUGGGCUUAAGGUGUAUUUCGAUGGGCGUGUGCGAGUGUUUGCGCUAUCCCCACUCGACCAGGAAACCACAUCCGGUCGGCGGUGGCCCUCAAACCGGUAAAACCACUCCUAAAACCCACUCAUUUCAUAGUAUCUCGCUUGGCUGCACAAACAGCUUCGUGCGUUAUGAUUCCGUCAUUUCAUCAACAGAUCCCUUCUCGUCUCGGAUCACAGUUUUUUGAAUCCUUUGGGGGACAAAUCAAAGCUACAUUAGGGAUUUUAUUUUCGUCACUCAGCUGAAAACAAUUAAAUCCUCGUACUCUGUUUCAAAUUUUCCUCGUUGGAAGCAAAGCGAAUGGCGUUCAGGCGAAGCGUCACUGCACGAGCCAAGCUGCUUUACAAACAGCAGACGGUCGUAGCUCCAUUUUCAAACCCUCAUCUCCAUGACGACGAUCGCGAAAGCCUUCUGCUCGAUAAACCCAUUUCGAGAAACCCUAAUGUGUCCAGCUACCCCAAGAAUGGCACGUUUGGGAGCGUAGGCAUCAUGGGCCCGUUUAAUAGGUCUAGGGAUUUGCUUCAGAAUCGGAGAUUUGCUGUUCCAGCGGCUUGUGGGCUGGUUUUUACUCGGAACAUGUCGAGUCUGGGAGACGAGCAGCCUGAAGAGAUCGAGGUAAUGACCGACAUGGCGGAUGUUUUGGGGGAUAAAUCUGCCGAGGUUGUUUCGGAGGUGGGCCCGAUGGCAAAUGAGGUGGGGAUUGCAGUUAGCCCGGUGGCGAAUGAGGUGGCGAUUGCAGCAGCUGACUCGUUCCUUCCGGUGGCCGCUCUCCAGUAUUUGAUUGAUUACGUGCACUGUUACACUGGGCUUAGUUGGUGGGCAUCGAUUGGUGCGACAACUCUUUUGCUUCGCUGUCUUCAACUUCCUCUCACGAUUCACUCAAUAAAGUCCAGUACGAGGUUUGCUCUUUUAAGACCACUAUUGGAGAUGAUUAAGGCAGACGUACGAAUCAGGGGUAUGAGUCCGGCCGAAGGUCGGGCACGGACAAAAGUACUACUCAAGAAAUAUGGUGUCACACCAUUCGGUUCUUGGAUGGGAUUUCUAAUCACAUUUCCAAUCUCUUGCUGUUACUUUUUCGCUGUUAAAAACAUGGCAGGAAACGUUCCCUCUUUUAGUCAGGGAGGGAUAUUGUGGUUUACUGAUUUGACUACUCCAGAUACCACAUAUAUUUUCCCCGUUUUAACGGCAUUGGCAUUUUUGAUUAAUCUGGAGUUGAAUAUGCAAGGACCGGCAGGCAACCUUACUGCUGUCAUUAUUAAAAAUUUGUGGAGAAUAUUUGCAGUUUUGACAGUUCCUCUCACUGCAAAUUUCCCAAAGGCUCUGUUUUGCUAUUGGUUCCCCUCCAACUUGUUCUCUAUCGCAUAUUCGCUAGUGCUAAGGAAGCCUGAAGUGAAGAAGUUAUUGGGCAUACCGAUUAUACCUGUGGUCCCACCGCCCUCGGCCCAUCUAAAAUCGGGCCUUUCAUUUUCUGAAAUGCUAAUGAAGUACGGGGAAGCCCAACAACGACAACAACAACAACAACAUUUUGCAUCUCCACCCGACAAGCCAUCACCAAAACCUGGAAAUCACAAAAUACCAUCUUCAUCCAUUCUAAGCCAAAAGAUUAGGAGCUUAGAGAAACAGGUCAAAGGAAAGAACAAAGGGAAGAAAAGCACGACUCGUAAUUUCUUGAAUCGGGAAUGUUUAGAGUCGACGUGUACAUCGGUUUGUUCUGUACUGAAAAGUGCUGGAAAGCUUCAGCCUAAGUGGACAGAGCAAGUGAGGAUCAACUCUGAGACUGGGCUUGAUGGGCCAAGUGAUGAUGGGUUCAGUUGGAGAAAGUAUGGGCAAAAGGACAUUUUAGGGGCUAAAUAUCCAAGAAGCUAUUAUCGGUGCACUUACCGGCACGCCCAAAACUGUUGGGCCUCAAAGCAAGUCCAAAGAUCGGACUCUGACCCAAACGUGUUUGAAGUCACUUACAAAGGGGCCCACACAUGCAGCAACCAGUCGGCCCAUCAAACACAGGAGCAACAUAAUAAUAAGCACACACUUUUGAGCUUCAAAGCUAACCUCCGAGUGACUACCGAAAAUUCGGACAACAACCAAAACGACAACAUUAUUAUUAACAACAAAUAUGAGACGAUGCAACCUCAGUUUUCUUUCCCCACGAUUUACGAGGAAAUUUACGACUUACCCUUGAUAGGAGAAGAAGAUCAUUUGGGCUCGAGUUACUUUUCACCUGUGGAGAGUUAUCAAGUGCAAGAAUUUAAUAUUAACGAGAAGAUAAUAUCGGCACAAGCUUCCACGACUAGUUCGCCAAUUGGAGGCAUGGAGUUUCGAGCUGACGAGUUCGGUUUGGCUCCGAAUUUCCUGUCCAACUGCUCUGGAUAUUUAAUGUGAAGUUCAGUUUAUAGGGUGAAAAAGAUAAAAAAGAGGAAAUAGUUUACUCUUAAGUGCUCUAGAAAUAAUAGGGAAGGACAUUCUUGCCGAGAUUCAUCUGUAUCUGUAAUGUAAGAGAUUGAAGCUAGGAAAUAAAUGUGGUAGAAAAAAAAAAUUGGAAACCUAUGUUCCGAUUAAAGCUGGGAACAAGGAUGUACUGAUUCUUUAGUACAAGCUUCAUAGAGAUAACAACUGAAGAAAAAGUUGAAGUCUUGAUCAAGAACAUGCACCUCUUGAUUAAACUUAAAAGCCUUAUCAAAAGCAUAAAUGUUGAAACAACAAGUGAAUUCUUUGGGAACAAAAUUAUUCAUGAUAAAAAAUGAAAGGAAUGAAAUGAAAUGUGCAGAAAAAAUUGAAACUGCCAAGGAUGCCGGAUGAGAGAAAUGAAACAUUAAAUGCAUCCUUUUAACAGCUCCAACGUGGAAAAACUGAUCCAAAUAAGCAUCACAAAAGCACUGAUUUGUCUAAGAUUACCUAACAAUGUAAUCAUCAAGUAAUAGAACAAAGACACAAUAAAACCAUUUCGGAAAACAUAAAACUGCAAGGAAAAUGAGAAAAACGAGCAUACCAAAUUGCUUUCUUCUUGUAGGUAAAAAUGUCAACCGGUUACAGAAUUCAAGACAGAUUAAAGAAGCACUAGAAGCUCCAAUAUCACUAAUCAAAUUCCUAAUAGUACUAAUCUAUCAUCAAAACGUCACAACAGAGCAUAUUUUGGAGUAUGUGAAUGAACAGGUCUAUCAAAGCCUAGACUAAUGACUUCUCCUCAUCUUUGGUUUGAGAAGUAACACUUGGUGUGUUUUCUGAUUUAUCUUCAGUUUUUUGAAGGGCCCGUUUGAGGCCCAACACGAUAAAUAGGUUGGUAACCAUGAGUAGUGACUCAGCCCACCGUGCAGCCAGUCGACAUUCGACAAUGAUGUCGCAUAAUGCACCUUUGCUGUCCAAAAAGUGCAAAUUCGAAAAUUUGCCGAUGGUUAAAAAGUGCAGAGUUUGAUUCAGAUAGCAAGCAAACAUGUCGUGUAGAGAAAAGUUUACCAUAAAUUCCUGCUGGUACUGCCCAAUGGAAGUGAUGCGAAAGCAAAAAUAUAAACUCAGUUAGUAAAAAUGAGUAUACUACAGAAUACAAGAUACCCUCUUAGAUUUUUCUUAAUUAAAAGAAUUACUCGAACAAUUCAUCGAAUUUGGCUUAAAGAAGAUAUAUGACUUCAACUUGGUUAAUAAGUGAUGGAGCGCAAAUGCCAGACCAAGAACAGAACAAAAGAUCCAAAUUAAUUUUCAUUUUUCCUUUUUACACAGCACAUUUUUUACUUUAAAAGUUAAUCUCAAACCCAAACUCACAAACAUUAUUAUCAGAGAAAUUAGACAACUGAAUUAACCCACAGCAUAGAGCAGUUAAAGAAGAACAAUAACUAGCUACUACAUGGCAAUGAGAUGACAAUUACUCCAUAUUGUGGCUACGCAUCAAAAAAAUGGCUACAAAUUAAAACAUGAAUAACAAUAGAAAGCAGCAAGAGAACUUACUUGCAGCACCAACAAAAGCAAGCAAGAAGUAUAAUCCAAAAAGGGUGAGUCUUGGGGCAGAUUUAGAUUUGGUGAUAAAAUACAGAAAACCAAGAUAAGGCAACAAAGAAAGAGCUGAAAGCUGAGAAGCUACAACAGGGGAGUCAACAUUUUGUGCCCAAGAAUCUACUGGAAACAAAAACCCUUACAUACAAAUAAAGUACCAUUCACGUUCCUUAUAAAUCUUGUAAAAUUUCCCCCAUUUUCAGCUGCACCCCAGCAUUUGAAAUGGAAAUGCUUGAAAUGUUUUGACCGAAAGUUAUAAUAAUCUUUGCUGAAGGAUGACAAUAACACAGGAAUGGGAUUCUUGGGGUAGUUCUGAAUUUGGACAUAACUUCCCAUUUUUUUUGUUAUUGCUUGCUUG